AUGGAUUCAGAAAACCAGACUUUUCUGACAGAGUUUGUUUUGCUUGGUCUGACCGACAUAGUGGAACUCCAAUCGACCCUGUUUAUCUGUUUUUUGACAAUCUAUGUAUUGACGUUGGCAGGAAACUUCUCUAUCAUGUUGGUCACCCUCUUGGAUCACAGUAUUCACACUCCUAUGUAUUUCUUUUUAUGGCAUUUGUCUUUGCUUGAUAUCUGCUAUUCUUCUGUAGCUGUCCCAAAGAUGAUUACUGAUUUUCUUAAAAUGAAGAAAACUAUUUCAUUUAGUGGUUGCAUCUCCCAAAUACACUUUUUUCAUUUCUUUGGAAGCACAGAAGUUAUACUCUAUUCAGCAAUGUCUUAUGACCGAUAUGUAGCAAUUGGAUAUCCCUUGCGCUACACCAGCAUCAUGAACACCAAGGUUUUUAUGUGUUUGGUGUUAGUCUCGUGGAUAAUUGGAUUUUUCCAUGCAUUGAUGCAUGCUGUGAUGACGGCAAGACUCCCAUUUUGUGGACCAAACUUAGUGAAUCACUUUUUCUGUGAUGUAAAACCAGUGCUGAGCUUGGCUUGUGCAGACACUUCACUUAAUGAAGAACUUCUCAAAAAAAAUCGGACUUUGGUCUCUGAUUUUGUGUUACGAGGACUGACUGAUAUUGUGGAGCUUCAGACUACACUAUUUGUUAUUUUUCUGUUUUUCUACAUUACAAACUUAGUAGGAAACAUCUCCAUUCUGGGAAUAACCAUUAAAGAUCACAGUCUUCACUCACCCAUGUAUUUCUUCUUGUGGAAUUUGUCCUUUCUCGAUAUCUGCUUCUCAUCUGUUGCUGUACCCAAGAUGCUUUCUGACUUCCUAGUUCUGAAAAAGACCAUCUCUUUUGCUGGUUGUAUCUCACAAAUACAUUUCUUCCAUUUCCUUGGAAGCACAGAAGUCAUGCUCCUCACAGUAAUGUCUUAUGACCGAUAUGUGGCCAUUGGAAAUCCCUUACGCUACUCAAAUAUUAUGAACACAAAUUGUUGUGUUAAUUUGGCUCUAGUCUCUUGGGUUACUGGAUAUUUACAUUCAUUGUUACACACUGUGAUGACUGCAAAGCUUCCAUUUUGUGGAUCAAACCUGGUGAACCACUUUUUCUGUGACAUUAAGCCAGUGUUGAAGUUGGCUUGUAUCGACACAUCUCUCAAUCUAAAACUUCUUGUCAGGGUCACGGGAGCUUUGGCUACAACAACUUUACUUUUAACUCUUCUCUCCUACAUCUUUAUUGGCAGGUUUCUUAUAAAGAUACGCACUGCUGAAGGGAGAAAACGUGCAUUCUCCACUUGUAGUGCUCAUCUCACAGUUGUGUUCCUUCUGUAUGGAACAGCUAUCUUUACGUACAUCAGACCUUCAAGCCAGGACUCUUUAGAUCAAGACAAAGCUGCUGCUGUCUUAUUUACAGUUAUAACGCCAGCACUUAACCCGGUCAUUUAUACCUUGAGAAACAAAGAUAUGAAGAAAGCCAUGCAGAGAGUGAUAAAGGAAAUAUAA